AAUCGGAAACUGUCGGCAUUGUAUUAGAUCGUGUCUUUAAUUUCGUCCUCUUUAAGGACGUAGUUUACUGAAAGUCAUAAAUUUUCAACUAGGCAUAUUAAUAAGUAAUUGUAAGCAAUAAUGGCACAGAAUAAGAUUAAUGAAUUCGCAUCGCGUUUCUCGAAAAAUCCAAAUGGAUUAUCCCUCGGUUUUAAGUUACUUGCAGCGGCCGGCGUGGCGGUUUAUAGUGUUACGAAAUCCUUGUAUACAGUGGAGGCGGGUCAUAGAGCAAUAAUGUUUUCUCGUUUGGGAGGCAUUCAGAAAGACAUAAUGAGCGAGGGUUUACAUUUCCGUGUUCCAUGGUUCAAUUACCCAAUUAUUUAUGAUAUUAGAAGUAGGCCCAGAAAAAUAUCUUCGCCUACAGGAUCCAAAGACUUACAAAUGGUUAAUAUUUCUCUUCGAGUACUUUCCAGACCUGAUGCAAGCACUUUACCUACAAUGUACCGUAAUUUAGGUCUAGAUUAUGACGAGAAGGUUCUGCCAAGUAUUUGUAACGAAGUAUUAAAAUCAGUUGUCGCUAAAUUUAAUGCUUCUCAGCUUAUUACACAGAGACAACAAGUUUCAAACUUAGUACGAAAAGAAUUAACUGAACGUGCACGUGAUUUUAACAUUGUCUUGGAUGAUGUAUCGAUAACCGAACUGAGUUUUGGUAAAGAAUAUACUGCUGCUGUAGAAGCUAAACAAGUAGCUCAACAAGAAGCUCAAAGAGCAGCUUUUGUAGUCGAGAGAGCUAAACAAGAAAGACAACAGAAGAUUGUUCAGGCAGAAGGAGAAGCAGAAGCAGCUAAAAUGCUGGGUUUAGCUGUAAGCCAAAAUCCUGGUUAUCUAAAGUUGCGAAAAUUACGAGCAGCACAAGCAAUUUCCCGCACGAUUGCAACCUCUCCAAAUCGCAUAUUCCUUAGUGGUAACAAUCUGAUGCUGAAUAUUCAAGAUCCAUCAUUUGAUGAUUCUUCGGACAAAUUAAAAACUCAUAUUUUUUCAGGUCAUGCAGAGAUGAGCUGGAACGAUGCUAUGAAAAGUGCAGUGAAAUCUUUAAAAACCGAUCAUCAAAUAAAAGUGAUCAAUGAAAAGCCAUUAGUCCAGACUGUACCAGAGUCGUCGGAAGAACAAAUAUCCAUUUUAUUGAAUUUAGCAAAUAAUGGGGCAAAAAUGAUAGUUUCUUAAAUUCAAAAUUUAAAGGAUCUGAAGAGAUCUUGCGAUGCGAGCUCAUCUUUUCUAACAUAUUCCGUAUCCAAAUC